AGUGGUAGCCGUAGCUUUGGUUCCCCUGAACUUUCGUUUUCAUUUCUGGGGAAACUACCCUGUAUGUUGAGCUCGUAGUUGUCAGAUCUGAGAAACAUGGCAGGUUUAGAAGUGUUGUACACCUGUGUGUCUGACACUAUCAGCUGUCCACAGGAUGCCUUGGUUUGUUUUGUCCACUGGGAGUUGAUUAAAGGCGGAUACAGGUGCGUCGGCUCCGGGGACGAGCCUCGCAGCAGUGAUAAGAAGUCAGAGUUGUUGCCUUCUGACUGGAGCAGUAACAGGGAGCUGUACAGCCUUCGGUAUAAACCCAUCAGUGGGGACACACAGUUUCUGCUGAAAGCCAUCUCUGUGGACUCCACUUUGAUAUUUAACCUCAUGAACUCCGGUACGCAGCAGGUGAGCGACCUGACAGUGACCAUCAGUGACCAUGUGAACGCUGACCACUUACACACAUUCGACAGUGUUUUCAAGGACGCAGACAGUCUUUCUGAGAAGGUGAAGACUCAGCUGCUACCGGUACAGGACAGACCGACAGGAAGUAAAAGUGAGACGAAGAGUCAGAGGGAGGAGGAGGAGGAGGAGAGGAGGAGGCGGAGCCCAGAGGACCGCGACCCCCUGCGCAUCCCCAACAGACACCCCAGACAUCCACACCGGUCUGACCCCAUGGUUCCUCCGUUCGCAGUAGGAGGAGCAGAUCUGGAUCCCUUUGGGUCUCGUGGUGUUGGGGGGAUGAUCGUGGACCCGCUCAGGUCCGGGUAUCCUCGCUCUGGCUUCGACCCGUCCAGCGGUAUCCCGGACAUCCUGCCUCCCGGCGCCGUUCCCCCAGGGGCCCGCUUCGAUCCGUUUGGACCCGUUGGACGACACAGACCAGGUCCGGACCCCGACCACAUGCCCCCCCCAGGCUACGACGACAUGUUCAUGUAGGAGUGGGCGGAGUCUCCUGCUCCUGGUUCCACCCUGUCGUCCAGAUCCAGCCAAAUAACACCAGAGUAAAACCAGAGUUCUUUUGACUCCUGGUCCAGUCUGCGUCCACUCACAUACACCUGUCGGCCUGUUUUGAACAAACAGCCUCUGUUUUCUACGUGUCCCUUCUGUUCCGUGGUGUUUAAUGUCAUGUGCAGAACCUCAGCUCCUUCCUGUUUAUGUUGACAGACUGAGUUUCAGACAGAAGGUGUAGACGUGAACUGACAUGAGGACAGAGUGGACACAUCAGAGACGUCCUGGUCCAACAGACUUCACCUGGACUCGACUUAUUGUGUUGUGGGACGAACAUGACAGGAAGGUGUUGGUACCAUCAUGUAGACGCCACAGCUCCAGUAGACUCCGCCUCCUCAGAUUGUGCAUCAGUUCAGAACAGAUCCAUCAAACAGGAAGUGGAAACCUAUCUGCUGUGUUUAGUCUGCGCUCCUCCUUAAACUAAACCUCUGCUGGCGUUCUGUUCACACAUCAAUAUAUUCUAUUUACAGUAACACUUAGACUUCUAAUUUAUUCUGGCUUAAAUUUUUGUUGCAGAUUUACAAAAACAAUUAUAGUUCUUACAGAUGCUUCUGUUUGAUCAUAUCAUUUUAUCGUACCAGAAUAAUAAAAAUCUCACUCUGA